AUUGGCCCUUGAGUUGAAAUAUCCGGGGUUCAUUCUUUCUUGAAAAUCUUGUUUUCAAGUCAUCCCAAAUCUCUUUUCAAGUGGUUGCAAAGAGAAUACUCAUGAUUAUAUCUUUAGAGACAGAGUUGUAUAGUCAAGAUAUAACUACAUUGUUUCUGCGAUUCCAAGCAGCAAAGGUAGAAUCUGUGGCAACGAGUUUCGGGAGGCUUCCGUCUAUGAAGGAUAACUUAUUCUUCAUGGAGAGAGCCACAUGCAUCGCACGACUCCAUGUGGUGUAGUUCUUGUGAUCAAGAGGCUGAGAGGGUGCUUCUGUCAGUCUCUCUUAUUUUAUGCGUGGCGGCAACGGAAAUAUCAGAGCCUAGUCUUUCACGACCUCCUCGUUCAAAAAAGUACGAGGUAUUUGUGAGUUUCAGAGGCAAGGGCAUCCGCGGAAGUUUCCCAAUUAGUGGCAUGAUUAAGGUCUUUUCUGUAAACCAAAUUCUUGCGUUUGUAGAUUACGGGCAGGUUGUGAUACCUGUGUUCUACAGGAUAGAUCCCUCCCAUGUGUCGCAUCCAAAGGGGACCUAUGGAAAUGCUUUCAAGGAAACUGCUCAUUUGUCAACCCAUUUUCGGAAGGACGACGAGCUUGUUGAUGAAAUUGUCAAUUGUAUGUCGAUGAAGUUGAAUGCUAUGUACACAAGUAACUCAAAAGGACUUAUUGGAAUAGAAAAACCAAUUGCACAUAUAAAAUCAUUGUUACGCAAAGGGUCAAACGAAGCACGUGCUGUUGGAAUUUGGGGUAUGGGUGGUAUUGGUAAGACAACUAUUGCUGAAGAAGUAUUUUAUCGACUCUGUGCUGAAUUUCAUGGAUGUUGUUUUUUAGCGAAUGUAAGGGAAGAGUCAAGAAAGCAUGGAAUAAUUUAUUUAAAGGAAAAGCUUUACUCUACCUUACUAGAAGAGGAUUUGAAAAUUGACACAACAAAUGGAUUGCCUAGUUAUGUUAAGAAGAAACUUGGUUCUAUGAAGGUUCUUAUAGUUCUUGAUGAUGUGAAUGAUUCUGAUCAACUUAAAAUUUUAGUUGGAGCUCAUGAUUGGUUUGGAUCUGGUAGUAAAAUAAUUAUAACAAGUAGAGACAAACAAGUGCUCAGGAAUGAGGUUGACCAUAUAUAUAAGGUUGGAGUAUUGGACUUUGACGAUGCACUUAAACUUUUCAAAAUGAAUGCCUUUAAACAAAAUCAUCUUGAGAUAGAGUAUUAUGAGCUAUCAAAGAGGAUUGUCAAUUAUGCAAAAGGAAUUCCUUUAGUUCUUAAAGUUUUGGGUCAUCUUCUUUGUGGAAAGGAUAAAGAAUUAUGGGAAAGUCAACUAUACAAACUUAAAAGGUUAUCUAGUAAAAAGAUAUAUGAUGUAAUGAAAUUGAGUUAUGAUGAUUUGGACUGCAAAGAGAAAAAGAUAUUUUUGGAUCUUGCCUGCUUCUUUAGUGAGUUGUUUUUAGAAGUAGACUACAUAAAAAUUUUGUUGAAAGAUAGUAAGAGUGAUAAUUCUAUUGUUGUUGGGUUAGAGAGGUUGAAAGACAAAUCUCUCAUCAAUGUGUCGGAAGACAAUAUUGUGUAUAUGCAUGAUAUUAUACAAAAAAUGGGUUGGGAGAUUGUUCGUCAAGAAUCUAAUGAAAAUUCUGGAAGUCUUAGUCGGCUAUGGGAUUCAGAUGAUAUUUAUAAGAUAUUGAAAAAUAACAAGGGGACUGAAGCCAUUAGAAGCAUAAGGACACACUUGUCAGUAAUUAAAAAGUUGAAGCUAAGCCCUGACAUAUUUGUGAGAAUGAGUAAACUACAAUUCAUGGAUUUUCACAGUGAAAAUGAAUUUGAUGGCUUGGAUAUUCUUCCUGAAGGACUUGAAUAUCUGCCAACGGAAUUGAGAUACCUUCGUUGGAUGAAUUACCCUCUCAAGUCUUUACCAGAUAGCUUUUCUGCUGAAAACCUUGUUAUCUUGGACUUGUCAUACAGCCGACUAGAAACACUUUGGCAUGGAGAACAAAAUUUGGAGAAUUUAAAACAAGUAAUACUUUAUGGCUCGAAAUUCCUAAAAGAAUUGCCUGACUUUUCAACAGCCAUCAAUCUGGAAGUAUUGGAUAUUCGUUUUUGCAGUCAGUUGACUAGUGUGAAUGCAUCCAUUUUCUUGCUUAACAAGGUAAAGAAAUUAGCUUGAAGUCACUCUUCACCUACCUGACAUACAAAAUAUAAUAUAAUAUUUUAAUAUUUAUUUUGCGAGCUACUGUUUUUUUCUUUUUAAUAUUAGAAUUUCUCUUAUUAUUACAUGUAGAUUUUGCUUAAGAAUUUACAAUUUCCUGUAAAUUUUUCUACAAAUUUUUAUCCACAUGUAAUUCUUUUGUAGAUAAUAUGUUUAUGUGAAUCUUAAAUUU